AUAACGAAAGUCGCCAUACAUGACAUUUUUUCAAAAUAUAAGUAAACAUUGCAAAGCAUACAAAACGGCCUGUCUGUUGUGACUGAAACGAAGCUCACGUUUGACUGACUCAGAAAUAGAGCACUCGUGGCCUCAUUGAAAUCGUGGGAAAGCGCAAGUUUUGGCUUGAAAAGAGGUGCGUUUAUCUUAAAUGGUUAUUGAAGCCAAGGAUACGCCAUGAAUCAUCGAAUAUUUGAGUUUGCUGAAGAAAAUGACUGAGGUUUAACAGAGAAAACAAACUUUACGAGUAAGGUAUCUUGUAAGUGAGAAAAAGAUCAAAUUAGUCUACAAACUAAAUCAAUUAGUAGCGUUGAACUGAAACAGUUGAAAACACUUGGUCAACGUCCAAGAGAAAGACUGACCCGCGCGCCCAAAUAAAUGGUUACGUCUAGGACGUUCAAUGGCCUUUUAUCGAUGGGUUGUUCUUGUUUUUGUCUGUACUCACUUGGGAACAGGGUUAGGUAUCCCUGUUAGACUUGUCCACAAGCCAGUACCACACGCUGGCCGCGUCGAGGUGUUCUAUAAAGGGGUCUGGGGAUCAAUAUGCGACGAUUACUGGAAUAUUGAGGACGCUCUGGUUGUCUGUCGUCAACUUGGCUUCACUGGUGCGCUCUCCGCUCCCUGCUGCACGGUCUUUCCUGCAAACCAGUCGAGUACAAACCAGACGGGCAGGUUUUGGCUUGAUGACGUCAAUUGCCGUGGCAACGAGACGGACAUUGGCGAGUGUCGGCAUAACCCAUGGGGGAUUACUGACUGCCGCUAUCCCUCGUCUCAAGCAAACGUGAUUUGCAUUCCAACAAAUUAUACAAAUGAUUAUAGUUUACGUCUGACUGGGGCCUUGGUUCCAUAUGCAGGCCGUGUGGAAGUUUUGCACGCAGGAAUCUGGGGCGACAUUGAUAACAUUGGCUGGGAUAUCAACGAUGGUCACGUGGUAUGCCGGUCUCUUGGAUACAGUAGGGCCGUUACUGUUAUCUAUAGUGCAGCACGGGUGUUUAAAGUUGUGCAGAAUAUUGUAAAAUGGUUAAAGAACAUCGAGUGUCGUGGGAAUGAGACGCGGUUGACGGAGUGUCCCUUCGCUGUUGAAACAGAGAGAUCCUCUUAUGGCUUUAGCGCUGGAGUGCUUUGUCAGCAAAACAAUGCCACAACGCCGUUAUUCCGACUCGCCUUCAACAACAACACGGUGCCUUACGCUGGUCGCAUAGAAGUCCAGUUGGCUAAGAUGUGGGGCAUUGUCAAUGACRAYCWWUGGGAUAUGACRUCAUCUCACGUGAUUUGCAAACAGCUGGGAUACGCAGGCGCAGAGAUGGUCCUUCACGGCGCAACUAAUGUUCUUGGGAUCAAAGGGAAGCCGAUGAUUGAAUGGAUUCGUAAUUUUAAAUGCAAUGGUAGUGAGAAUUCAUUGGCGGAUUGUAGCUAUUCAAUUCAUUUUAAUAAUGAUGGCAGUAAUGAUGCUGGUGUUGUUUGUGCGACGAACCAUAGCGACGUCCGAUUUCGUCUUUCCGGAGGUGGGAAAUCAUAUGGCCGCGUGGAGACGUAUUACGCUGGAGUCUGGGGRACAGUCCACAAYGCCGGCUUCGACAUCAAGGCCGCUAAAGUUGUCUGCAAUCAGCUCGGACUCAGUGGUUCCCCAGAUAUAAUUAAAUUUGCAGCUGGUCCAUUUGGAAGUGGUACAGGGCCAGUUUGGCUGACCAGACUAAGUUGCUAUGGUAACGARUCAAACCUAUGGGACUGCGAACAUUCUCGAGUAAUGAAAGAUAUGUGGAGUCAUGACUAUGAUGCUGGGGUUGUGUGUGACUCAUCUCAGUCAGAUUUAAAGGUUCGUCUAAGUGGCUCCUACUAUGGCCGAGUAGAAAUCUCCUACUUGGGGGUAUGGGGUACAAUGAGUGGCGCCAGCUUCAACAAGACAGUUGCUGACGUCAUAUGUCGUCAGCUGGGUUACCCAUCAUCCUUAGAGAGCUUCAAAUAUGGAGCGUUUGGAGGUGGUCAAGGGCCUGUUUGGUUGAAUGAUGUACUCUGCAGUGGCAAUGAGACUAAUAUCGGUUCGUGUCUUUAUGAUGGUUUUAGUUCAGUUUAUCCUACUCAUUUGGACGAUGCUAGUGUUGUUUGCUAUACUGGAAUUUCCUACGAAGACUUCAAAAUACGUCUCGAAGGUGGUGGAUAUUCAUAUGGCCGCGUAGAGGUCCAGUACAAAGGGAUCUGGGGCAGUGUUGUUCACGUGAGAGACAAGGACUCGCAGCGUGUUGGUCACGUGAUGUGCAGACAACUCGGCUUCAGUGGACUGAACAAAACUAUCUUUAAUGCCGUUAACAUAUAUGGAAAGGGUACCGGCCCCGUGUGGAUGACUCAUGUCCGUUGCCUUGGUAAUGAAUCUAACAUCGGAGAGUGCUUUUUUGAAAAAGAUUUCCACGCACGAUAUCCAGAAUUUGGAUUAAUAUGCAACUCGACAAGAAAACCGACUACUUCACCUCCAGCARCAACAGGCAGUAGUUCAACACCAGUUCCUUCGAAGUUGUCMAAAUUUGUCACAAUUGGAGUCCCGGUGAUUGUCGGGAUUGUAGCAUUCGUCAUUAUUUUGGUACUUUUUAUAAAAGUCUGUAAAAAACGUGGAAAAUACACGACAAGCAAUGAGUUUGUCAGGAUGGAUGAUGCCAGUUCUCAAAGGUCAAUCGAGAGAGGAGACAUGCACUCGUUUCGUAACAUUGCUUUAGAGAUGGAAGACGAAAGGACCGAAUGGCUAGARAUCCCACGAAGUGACGUCACCCAAACUGAUGAAGAAAUCGAAAGGGAAAAUAACCAAGUCAUUCGUAAAGGACAAUUAAAAACUAACGGGGGUAGUGUUAGGAGRUGUUUAGUCAARUCAAUAUCAGGAUGUGAUGAACGUCCCGUGGUCUCGAAUGAGCUGAAAACUGUAUGCCGUCUUGACAAACAUCCCAAUAUAUUAGAUUUCAUUGGAGCCUGCAGUUUGGAAGGGCCAUUGCUCUUAAUAUUUGAGUUUCCCGAGUGUGGGAACAUGCUGCAUUACCUUCGUAAACAUCAAGUAAUCGCUGAUGAUAACGACAAUCAGACCAGCAUGACUUGCGGUCUACCAAAAGCAGAACGAUUAAGAUUGGCACUGGAAGUAGCUACAGGAAUGAAAUGGCUUGCACAGCAAAAGUGUAUCCAUGGUUACCUAGCAGCGAAAAAUGUUUAUCUUGGUAAACAGGGUUCUGCUAAAAUUGCAAACAUUGGAGCGUCACGUGACUGUGAUAUCACCAAGGACGAUUACAGAUGGAUGGCCCCCGAGUGCAUGGAGUCUUCAAAGUUCUCAACUAAAAGCGAUGUGUGGUCUUAUGGAGUUUUAUUAUGGGAAAUAGAAACAGGAGGAUUAUCGCCGUAUUCGGAGAUUGAAAACAACGAAAUCUACCCGAAAUUAAAAUCGGGGUACAGGCUCCAGAAACCUCUUAACUGUUCAGAUAAAAUAUAUUCUAUUAUCACACACUGCCACAGAGACAAACCUGACCAAAGGCCAGACUUUGGCAAAGUUAGUGGCCUUGUUGAAGCAAUCGUCGUUGAAGAAACUGCUUGUUGAUGAAUGAACGCACUGCAAAAUUAAAUGAUUACAUCAUUUUAUACAUGCAUCAGGAGUUUCGGAGAACAAUGCGUCCGCCAUCUUGAAAAGUGAG